GACUGCUGUGGAGCCGGAUCCUGGCCUCGGGUGCUCGUCUGGGACUCGGCCCCUUUCAGUGCCCGCGGCUUUCGUUCUGAACAUGAGCAGCUUUACGAGUGCUGUUUUCAGAUGAUACUGCAGCCGUGCUCUCACACCGACCUGGGCCCUGUCUGCUCCGUGCUCUGCCGCCAGGAGCGCCACCUGUCCGCGGGGCAGUACCAGGGGACGCUGUUCGCCGAGCAGCCCACGAUGUUCAUCUCACCAGCCAGCGACCCCCCCAGAGCCAAGCUGUGGGAGCUGGUCCUCCUGUGUGGGGGUCGGGUCACCGGGGUCCCUCGCCAGGCCAGCCUCUUCAUCGGGCCCUGCCAGGGGAGGAGGAAGGAGACCGUCACGUACCUGUCGGAGAAGUGGAUCCUUGACUCGGUGACCCAGCACGUGGUCUGCGCCUGCGAGGAUUACCUGCUGCGCAGUGACGCCGCCCGCACCUGAGGCGGCUCCGUCCAGCGCUCCCGGAGACCGGAGUCCGUGGGCAGGAGCCCCCAGAGGGCCGUCCAGCCGCAGCCCGAGUCCUCCCGUGGCCCCGCGUCCCGGAGGCCGGGCUGCCCGGGCACCUGUGUCAGGCAGUGGCCGUGAUCAGAGCUCCCAACCGCGGUCUCUCACCUGGUAAAUAAAGUGCGAUCGGUUCAUGGUCUCGGUGCAGA